AUGAUUGCACCAUUUAUAAAGAAUAACAAUGUGAUCUUGGUGAUAUCGACCACAUUGGCAACUAUCUCUUUAUUCGUACUCUCCUACAUCUACAGGUCCAAUGGUGAUAGGCCCAAGUCCAUUUCAUCUCCACCAUCACCAUCACCAUCAUCACCAGCAACUACAACAUCAUCACCGUCAACAACUACAACAUCAACACCAACAGUAACACCUCAUGCAGAUGAUGAACAACACAAGAAGAAUACAGAACUGCCGAUACAUGUGACCAAUGACGAUCAGUCACAUACUACAGAGUCAAAGAAUGAGACAACCCUACAGCUACAGAAUGUUGAAGUAGUAUACGCACAAGAGGAAGAGAAGGGUCUACACGUAACCUUAAUAUUGGACCCUGUUCAUCUGCCUCAUUCAAUCAUCGUCAAUAUCUUUGAACUGCUUACAUACACUGACUAUCAGAGAUGCAAGUCUGUCAACAUGAACUGGAACAAGAUACUGUGUAAAUUAGAUAGAGUGUGGAAACAUUACAUUGGAGAGCGAUGGGGAUACUCUGAGAUACCAGAUGCAUCGUACGAACCAACAGACUACUACAAGCACUUUAAAGCAAGAUACAUUGAAGAGUGGAGGCGUGUAGCAUUCAAGCCAGAGACACAUAUCAUUUCCAUUCAUGAACAG